UUCAGGAAGGUUCCGAAAGGUUGCUCUUCGUAUUCGCACUUAUUGUUAAACUGGCUUGAUAUCCGAUCGCAAGCAAUAUUAAAGAUAAUAGUAACCGUGGAAAGAACAGUUCAUUACGCAUCUUAUUGUUAGCAAUAUGUCAGAAAAGAAUCGUACACCUAGUCAAAAGAAUUAUAAACGUGCUACCAUAAGUAUAUUCACGAGUACGCCGACCGACCACGUGCCACAGUUUCAUCACAGCACAUCAUUAUCUAGGAUUGACACAGCUUCUUCCUCGAGCACAGAGAGGCUCAAAGAUAUAUCAUUUCUGCAGAGAACAAGAAAAGCAACAAAAAGAUUAAAAAGUAGUCUGAAAGAUGAGAAAAAAUCUAAAAUUGCAAACAAGGUACACUAUAUGCAACAAGAAACAAGUUCGGAAUGGGAAACAGAAUUGGAAGAGUCAGUCGAUGAAGCUUUUACACAUUUAGAUGACUCUAGCCCAAAGAAAAGCAACAAUACUAGCAUAGAAUUAUUCAAGGAUUUACAUUCAGGAAGUCCGGAAAAAAUACGAGACGCACCGACCGAGUUUGAAUCUCCUGUGGCUCUAUCACCGAUUUUAGGUUCAUCCAGAGUUCCCUUAAUUUCUAAAAGAACUACUGAACAACGUGAAAAGUUGGUACCGAUAAAUAUACCAUCAUUGGACGUAUCCAAAGAAAAUCUACAGGACACGGAUGAAGAUGAAAUAAUACUUUGUCGCACGCAGAAAUCAAAUACAUAUCCUGCACAUCGUCGUUUACGUUUCGCAAAAAACUGUCUGCUGGAUAUGCGAAAUUUUCUUUAUCCUACGGAAUACUUCACAGCAACGAGCGAUUUACUUUGGGAAAAAUUUGUCGAAGAAAAUCGCGCGGAGGUGUCCCAAUAUUUAGCACCGUCUUCUGCGCGAGAACCAGCCAAACAAUACGAGUCGGAAUUUCUUAAAAAAUAUCCUGAUAUUCCUCCGAAAUUCGAAGACAUUCGAGUUCCAGGAAUGAAAUGCACUCGAAAACACUUCGACAGAAUUUUAGAUAAAUGGGUAACUGAAUCGAGCGAAUCCGAGAAUAACGAAGAUGAUGUACGUCAACCAAGAACAAAGAAAAACAAGAAAAAUGUACGUCAGUCAAGAAGAAAGAAAAACAAGAAAGGUAUAAAGACAGGAAACACAGAUAAAGACAUAUAUAAUCCAUUGAAUGAGAAAACAGAUAUCGAGUUCGAAACUGGUGGUCAAAAUGGUAAACAAAUGACCUUAGCUGAAUUUCGUCAAAAACGAAAAAGAAUGAUGAAUACUGCUUUUGAUAAUAUAUCUUCAGCACCUUGUCACUUGCGAAUGCAGUAAGACUAAAAUUUGCGAGUAAGAAGAAGCUAUAAGAUAUAUUAAUAAAAUGCGUUUAUUAAUAUAUCUUAUAGUUUCUUCUUCCUCCCAAAUCCAUUGAAUGAGAAAACAGAUAUCGAGUUCGAAAAUGGUGGUCAAAAUGGUAAACGAAUGACCUCUGAAUUUCGUCAGAAACGAAAAAGAAUGAUAAAUACUGCUUCUGAUAAUAUAUCUUCAGCGUCUUGUCACUCUCAAAUGCAGUAAGAUUAAAAUUUGGGAGUGAGAAGAAGCUAUAAGAUAUAUUAAUAAAAUGCGUUUAUUAAUAAACGUAUUUUAUUAAUAUAUUUUAUAGCUUUCUUUCACUCCCAAAUUUUAAUCUUACUGCAUUCGAGAGUGACAAGGCGCUGAAGAUAUAUUAUCAGAAGCAGUAUUCAUCAUUCUUUUUCGUUUCUGACGGAAUUCAGCUAAGGUCAUUUGUUUGCCAUUUUGACCACCAGUUUCGAACUCGAUAUCUGUUUUCUCAUUCAAUGGAUUUGGGAGGGAGAAGAUAUAUAUUAAUAAACGCAUUUUAUUAAUAUAUCUUAUAGCUUCUUCUUGCUCCCAAAUUUUAGUCAUUUAAUUAUUUAUACACUUUUAUUUGUUUUCCAUUUACACUUGUUGAGUUGCACGUAUUGUUUUGUUCGUAUUUAAAAUCAUUAAAAAUUGUUUGUUAGUAUUUUAUAAUUAUGUUAAAGAAUUGCUUCAUAUAUUUAAUAAUCUUUUUCCAUGCAUAUUUUAAUGCAUGUGUAAUAAAAUUGUGAUAA